AUGGCCGAUUACUCACAACCAACUCAGCCGUUAACUCAACCUGUCGAAGAUCCUCGAAGAGUGGGAAAGAACCUCUCCAAUGUUUCCGAGAAUGACGCGACCGACGUGAUUUGUUUACUCCAUCCUACGUCACCAGCAGCGUUUGAAGCAGUGAAGGCCAAUUUGUUGGUUGGUCAGGAACACAUAUUACAAAAUGACGACUUGGAAGGAAUCCGUGAAAACGACUUGCUCCUUCGACCGGAAUACAAUCAACCUCGGGAUAUCGCGCUGAGAAUGUCGUCUCAAGUGAAGAGUCCCAAGGACGGGUUUCUAUUCGGUCGCACUAAGUCAAUGUGUGAUGUGCUCUUGACGCCCUACGAAAGUGACAGUCUAGUCAGCAAGAUCCACUUCAAGAUCUUCGUGAACAGCCAGGGCAGUCUCAUGCUACAAGAUUUGUCGACUAAUGGCACUAUUAUCGAUGAUGUCCACCUCAAAACUCGCGAUCGUCGUGGGAAGGCACCACUCAAGCCAGCAACAAGAGUUCUCCGACAUGGAUCAAUAAUUUCCGUUCUUGGUGGUAUGAACAAGGAAGAGAUCAAAUUGAUGGUUCGGAUACCUACCCGCGGAGAUAAUGAAGACGCCUAUGAGGCAAACCUGAGAAGAUAUCUGGCUGCACGGGGUGACGUCGCCCAAUUUGCAUCCAUGCGAGAAAGUUCGUACGGCAAUCAUUGGAAUGGAGGCAGUCUGUACAAUUUUGCCGGUCUGCUGGGAAAGGGAGCAUUUGCCACUGUUUACAAGGUCCAAACCAAGAAAUCGGGAGACAUUUACGCGGCGAAGGAACUCGACAAACGUCGGUUUAUCAAAAAUGGUGUUCUGGACAUGAAAUUCGACAGUGAACUCAACAUCAUGAAGAAUCUCAAUCACCCCAAUAUUGUCAACUAUGUGGACUGCCAAAACUAUUCUCACUGGAUCUACAUUCUGAUGGAGUAUGUCCCAUAUGGCGAACUAUCGCAAGAAUUAGGGAAACAAGGGAAAAUUGCGGAGCCCGACGUCCAACAAAUUACCCGACAAAUACUGCAUGCCCUCGAUUACCUCCAUCGACGGAACAUUACUCAUCGCGAUAUCAAACCUGACAAUAUCUUGAUUGCCUCUCGAGAUCCUUUGAUCGUCAAGCUCUCCGAUUUCGGUUUAUCCAAAUGUGUCACGGAUCAAGAAACGUUCCUCAAAACCUUUUGUGGUACACUCCUCUACUGCGCACCGGAAGUAUACCCAGACUAUGCAAGUUAUGCUCAAGGAUCCACGCCAAAGAGACGCCGAUUAGGAGAACCAGCCAUCAAACCUACGCCUUCUCCUUAUGAUCAAUCAGUCGACACGUGGUCUUUUGGAGCGGUCAUCUUCCAUAUGCUUUGUGGGAAGCCUCCAAUUCAUGGCAGAGGUGAUGACCGUGGCGCGCAAAUGCUGAACAACAUUAUGACCAAAGAUGUUGACUUUGACCCGCUUAGACAGAGUGGAGUAUCAAGUCAUGCCAUCGACUUUAUUGGGAAACUUCUCAAUAGAAAUCCGGCCUUGCGUCCAAAAGAGCCCGAAUGCUUGAAACAUCGUUGGUUACGCGACGUGCCUGAUCAUUUCAUCUAUGAAGAAUUUGAAGAGCCCGGCACUGCUGUUGGAGGUCGGCUUGAUGUUGUCGAUGAUGUUGAUGAAGAUUUGUUAGAUGAGGAGUUGAUCAACAAUCUCCAACAGUUGACUCAACCACCAUCCUCCAGUCAAAGCCCCGAUCGUCCGGUCAAGCGGGCAAGAACUGCUCCAGAUAUGCCACCACCAACGGGAGAGAUCACUUAUCCCACAUUGCCCGAGCCGGGUGAGAGCAUGUUGCCAAUACCGAGACCGCCUUCCCAGCGACUUUUCGGUGAGAUCUCCCAAUCCGCGUUACGUAGCUCGGGGGUAUUCGGCGGUGAACUGGCGCCAACCGCCUCGAGUGAAGUUCGCAACAUCCGGAAUCGUGUUGAACAGAUCAGCGUGAAUGAUUUUGUGGAUCGAGCAGCAAUUACGAGUGCCGAAAGUGCAGACAACUCGGGACAACCCCUUCAGUACCCGACCAUGCUUGAAGUACCACAGGCACAAGCUUGCUCAGCUGCGAGCCUCUUGGGGGCCGAAAAGCAAAUCGAUCAACUCAACAUGGCUUCUUCGGAGGGUGAUAUAUCGGACGCCGCAACUCCAGAAACCACCAAUCCAGUGACGCCUCAAACUCGAGAGCUGUCCCCCUCCAGCUCUGUGAGCCACAGUGGAGGGACAGGAGUACGAGAGUCUGCUCCUCCAACCGAAGAGCCUGUUUUCACCCGUCGAAUUGACCUGGAUCUGAUUUCGGACCCGGUCAACUUCGACGCUGAAAUCGAAGCACGAAAUACAUCGAGAGCCACCAAACUUCGAGCCAAAGCCGACACAUUCCAUGGCAACUCCAACACAAGAACUCGAGUCCCUUCAACCGAACUGGCGGCCACCAUAGAUGCAAAGACGGGCCAAGUCGUAAAAAGCACUGGAGACAUCGAUCGGUUCGUUCACGUCCCUCGGGAUCGAGAACACGUCGGGACGGCGUUGGGGACGGAUUCUUCCACAUCGACAACGGCAACACAAUUCCUCAAACCUCCGAAGCGGUUUGGCAAACUCACGACUCUCCCAGGAUCUUUUACCAACGUGACAAUCAAUCUCGAAGCACGAUUCACAUCCUGGGGUAGGGGGAUCGACUGUACAAAUCAACACCGCGAUGUCAAAGACACGCGCAUCCCCAAGUAUGCGAUGAAAAUCACCUUCUGGGCCCCCGGGAUGGAAGUCCACGUCGAUCGAGGCGGUGAUUGGACCGAACUCCCCGGCGUCCGCACAGUGCUGGCGACCUCAGCCAGUGGGUGUAUCUGGGUCAAUGGCGUGGAAUUGCGCAAGGAAUCACCAGCUGGUGACGCCGCGUUGUUCGGGAAACUGUACACGGGCGACAUUAUUACUAUAUACGAUGACAAGAACGAGAAUGGGGAAUUCCUGAAACUUCGCGUUGAAAUCACGUUUGGGGAUAGUGCGAGGGCUCGACCGAAGAGUGAGGCAGGAUUCAUUGUGCAGGAGGAACGACAUCAUCAUCAACGCAUGAAGGAGCGGGAGAGUAUGAGGUUGAGUAGGCUGGGAAAUGGGAACGGAGAUGAUGAAAAUGGUGAAUCUGUUACACCUGCGACAUUGUGUGUCGAAGGUUGA